CCAUAAACAAAGACUUCGUGGACAAAACCCCUGGAGACCAGAAUGUUCUCCAUGUCUAGAUGGAGCCCACAGGCAUCCCAGAGUCCACCACUCUGUUUGAUUAUGACCAUGAGAGCUUUCUGUGUGAGAACAAGAACUUCACCUUUGCCACCUUCAGCACCACUAUCCUGUACUUGCUGGUGUUCUUCCUCAGCCUGGUGGGCAACAGCCUGGUGUUGUGGGUCCUGGUGAAGUACGAGAGCCUGGAAUCCCUCACCAAUGUUUUCAUCCUCAACCUGUGCCUCUCAGACCUGACAUUUUCCUGCUUGUUGCCGGUGUGGGCCCUGGAGUAUCACUGGGGAUGGGUGCUGGGGGACUUCUCCUGCAAGCUCUUCACCAUGAUCUUCUCCAUCAGCCUCUACAGCAGCAUCUUCUUCUUGACCAUCAUGACGGUCCACCGCUACAUUUCGGUGGUGAGGCCCCUCUCGUCCAUGCGUGUUCACACCCUCCAGUGCCGCGUGCUGGCCACCAUAGCCGUGUGGGCAACCAGCAUCCUGUUCUCCGUCACUGAUACCAUCUUCCACAAGGUUUUUCAGUCUCCUUCGUACUGUGACUACUUGGAACUCAGGUAGUUCCUAGCCUCAGUCUACCAGCACAACAUCAUCUUCCUGCUCUCCGUGGCCAUCAUCCUGUUCUGCUAUGUGGAGAUUCUCAGGACCCUCUUCCGCUCACGGUCCAAACGGCACCACCGGACAGUCCGGCUCAUCUUCACCAUCGUGACAGCAUACUUCCUCAGCUGGGCUCCCUACAACCUGAUCCUGUUUCUGCAGACACUGCUGAAACUCAGGGUCAUCCAAAGCUGCAUGUUCAGCCAGCAGCUGGGUUACGCCUUGCUCAUCUGCCGCGGCAUCGCCUUCUCCCACUGCUGCUUCAACCCCGUGCUCUACGUGUUUGUCGGGGUCAAGUUCCGCAGGCAUCUCAAAAGUCUGUUCCGGCACUUCUGGCUCUGCCGGCAGCAGGUGUCCAGUGGCCCCCCUCACACACCAGGCCCCUACAACUACGAGGGCGCCUCCUUCUUUUGA